CCCAAGAAGAAGCUAACUACGAAACUUCUCAGUCUCACUUCCUUCUUCUAUAUAAUCUCCCCCAAUCUCAAAUCAAAAAGUCCACAACACAACACAAUCAAAACCACAAACCAACGACUCCAAAGUUUCAUUUAUGGCUUCUUCACAAGACCAAUCAGCUUUGGACCUCAUAACUCAACACCUCCUUACCGAUUCCCCUUCCUUGGAGACUUUCGUUUCUAGCAUCCAUCAGAGCACCACCUCCACUCUUAGCCAACGCAAGCCAUCUCUUGCCACCAUUUUAGUUCCUACUACUGCACCGGUGGUUAAAGAGGAUGAUCAUAGGCAUUACAGAGGCGUGAGGCGUAGACCGUGGGGUAAGUACGCGGCUGAGAUCAGAGACCCAAACAAGAAAGGUGUUCGUGUCUGGCUAGGUACUUUUGACACGGCCGUGGAAGCUGCAAGAGGUUACGACAGAGCUGCUUUUAAACUAAGAGGAAGCAAAGCCAUUCUUAACUUCCCACUCGAAGCAGGUAAGCACGAGGACUCUGGAGAUGACGACAACAACAAGAAGACUGUGGCUUUGAAAGCUAAGAGGAAGCGACCAGAAACAGAGGAUGAAGACCGUGGGAUAAACCUGAUCUGCCAUAAAGCUGUGAAAAGGGAAGAGACGGAAGCUCAGGGUGAGGCUUGUCCGUUGACACCGUCAAGUUGGAUGGGGUUUUGGGACGGAGUAGACGGUAUAGGGAUGGGACUAUUCUCUGUGCCUCCGUUAUCUCCUUAUCCAUCUCUAGGACAUUCUCAACUCGGGGUUAAGUAAGCUUAUUGAUGGAGGUGACAUCCGCAACUUUGGAUUAUAAACCAUCGGCAAGCAAACACACAAAUAAGAUAGUAAUUAUAUACACAUAAAGGACUGUACUCAAGAUUCCUCAUGGAGUGAAUUAGUUUUUUUAGCUUGAUUGAUUGUAACUGCUUUGUUAUAUUCAUUCGUUCUUCUCAAUGCAAUAAUCACAACUCUUCCUUAUAAAA